UAGCAUCACAACUGACGGCAGAUUGAGGCAGACUCAGAUGACUAAUGUACCUGCCCACAGACUAGCGUUGCGUGUUUCAAUUGCUUGCGUCGCCGUUGACAGCAGCUGUCAGGACCUUCUCUGGACAGGUCCCGGCUUAGUUCGGGUACGUCCGGUUUUCACUUUGCCUCAUCCUCGGUUCGCAUUCUACUCGCUGCCAGCUUCUGUGUUCCACGCACUGCCAGAAUGGGACCACGCACUGGCUCCGCCGCUCGAAAACAAGCAUCCGCUACAGACGAACGCUCCACCUCCAGGCGAGGCGCCGGCAAACAAGAUCGUGCAAAGGCUCGAGAGCAAGCCAGCGAGGCGUCGUCAGGAAGCGACUCGGAUAUCCCGACCAUCGACUCGUCUCGCCUGUCUCUUGCGGACAGGCAGGCUCUCGCCCAGCUUCGCGAGAUGGCGAAGGGGGCCACCAAGAGCGCAAAGGUGUCGCUCCAGAAAAACACGCGCAAGAGAUCCGCCGCGAUUAUGAACGCAGAUCGCCAGGACUCGAGCGAAGAAGAGCGGCAGCCUCGCAAGUACAAGAAGAAGAAAGUGGUUCAAGACUCUGAUGAAGCGGAGCACGCUAUAGUCGGCGAAGAUGUACAUGUCAACGACGAGAUCACCAAAGGCGAGGACGAAGAAAGUGGGAAUGACUCAGAGGGACAGAAGAACAAGAGCCGGAAGUCGAGAACAGUUGCGUCCCAGCCCAAGGCACAGCCUAAGUCCAAGCCUAAGCGAAAGCUGGCCGGCAAGGUUACACUGAAACCACCUGCAAAACUGGCGAAAAGCUCAUUCGACCUGGACGACGAUGAGGCUGCGGUUGCUCAGUCACUCGGCCAGAUGACGACGAUGUCGAAGGCCAGACAGCCCAGCGAAAAUUCCGAAGACAGGAGCAACAGCGGCGACGAAAGUCAGCAGGCUACGCAAGCCGCGAAGAAGGCGCAGCCUGGUCUCUCGAGUAAAAACAAGACAUUCACAGCUUCGCGGGAGCGACAAGAUGUCGCAGACAGCUGCGAGCGGCAAGGGUAAAGAUGUCUCUAGAGUAGUCAGCAAAGCAACGGCUACGAAGCCAAUCAGCGCAAGUGAUGCUGACAAGAGCGAUGACGAUCGCGAUGCUGGGGUCAGCGACGAUGAUGCAGACGCAGAUGCAGACGCAGACGACGACAACGGCGAAACGGAGAAGGGAGAAGAGGAAGAGCGCAGUGAAAUCGAUGAGAUUGACGAUGACGACGACGUAGUGGUCUUGCGUACCAAGACGGCAAACGGGCAAGGCACGCGUCGACGGUCGACUCGGAUGGGCACGCGCACCAAAAAACAGCGCGCCAAGAUGACCGACCUUCC